AUGUUUGGACGUAUACUCUGGCGAAGAAAAAGGGUGAUCUACCUCGCGCUAGCGUUUUUUUGUGGAUUUCUGCUAAUGUCAUUCCUUUACACCCCCUCCAUUCUUGACGUCAAACACACAGUCAAAAAUCCAUCUGGCCAAAAUCCCGUUGUUUUGCCCCAUCAACCGAAUCCUAUUGCUGAUGCGGGUCAGGGAGAGCUUGCCCCAGUUCAUCAACCCGCCGCCCUCGAAAAAAUGCGAGAAGAAGAACAAAAGCAACAGCCUGUACUGCAAGCACCCGUUCUACCCGCAGGGGAGCCAGCCGUUGUUAACAUAAACCUUGUCCCGUCUUACCCGCCUCCGAAGAGUGACGAAACUUCCACCGGUCCAGGAGAAGGAGGCGCUGGUCACGUAAUUGACCGAAACUCCCUCAGCGUAGAAGAACAGAAGAAAUAUGAUCAAGGUUGGCAGGAUAAUGCGUUUAACCAAUACGCCAGCGAUCAAAUCAGCGUUCGCAGAUACUUGCCUGACUACCGAGAGGGCACCUGCAAGACUCAAACGUUCCCUAGUGACCUUCCUCAAACUUCGGUGGUUAUAUGUUUCCACAAUGAGGCCUGGUCUGUUCUGCUUCGUUCCGUGCAUUCUGUGAUUGAUAACUCGCCACCUACCUUGUUGAGGGAGAUCAUCCUCGUCGACGACUUUUCCGACCGAACUUAUCUCAAGGCAGAUUUGGAUCUCUAUAUGAGUCGGUUGAAGAUAGUGAAAAUCGUACGAUCGACCCGUCGGGAGGGGCUAAUACGAGCGAGAAUGCUCGGUGCACGCGCAUCCACUGCGGAAGUAAUCACCUUCCUUGAUUCACACAUCGAGUGUACGAAAGGUUGGUUAGAGCCCAUGCUGUAUCGCAUCAAAGAAGAUGAGACCAACGUUGUAGUGCCCAUCAUAGAGGUGAUUAGUGACAAAAACUUACAAUACCACUCAACAAAAGCAAAAAAUGUACAAGUCGGCGGUUUUGACUGGAAUUUGAUUUUCCACUGGCAUCCGGCACCGGAAGCGGACCGAUUGAGACCCGGCGCACCGUACUCUCCUCUCAGAACUCCUACAAUGGCUGGUGGCCUGUUCGCAAUCUCACGUAACUACUUCGCUAAACUUGGUUACUACGACGAAGGUAUGGAAGUCUGGGGCGGUGAGAACCUGGAACUUUCAUUCAAAACGUGGAUGUGUGGAGGCCGUGUGGAAACCAUACUGUGCAGCCACGUGGGUCAUAUCUUUCGGUCACGUUCACCUUACAAGUGGGUGUCGAAUUUCUCCUCACCACUUCGUCGAAACUCAGUCCGACUCGCAGAGGUUUGGCUGGACGAUUACAAGCGUUUUUAUUACGCACAAAUCGGAUUUCAGCUGGGCGAUUAUGGUGAUGUGUCUGAUCGAAUAGCCAUUCGCAAAAGGCUCGGUUGUAAAUCCUUCAAGUGGUAUUUGGAUAAUGUCUACCCGGAGCUCUUUGUUCCGUCAAAUGCUGUCGCCUCCGGUGAUAUCGAGUCGUACACCGGACCCCAAUGCAUCGAUGCCCCAACCAAGGCUAAUGAUGGGGAGAAGCUCACUGUGAAAAUGUGGCCCUGUCACAGGCAAGGCGGAAAUCAGUUUUGGCUCAUGUCGCCCGGUGGAGAGAUACGUAGGGACACAAAAUGCUGGGAUGUUGGUCCUGAACCUGGCCAUGUUACGCUUCUGGACUGUCACGGAAGCAAAGGAAAUCAGUAUUUCAUCUACACUUCGGAUGACGAGCUUAAACAUGGCGAACGCUGCUUGGAGAUUUCCGAAGACACAAAAUCGCUACUGAUUGCGUACUGCGAUCAAUCAGCUAAACAAAAGUGGAAAUUCAAUCGCAAGCCUUUCAUGCCCUCAAUGGACAAAGCGGUGCCUUAA